CCCCUUCUCUGGGUGGAGAGUUCGCCAUUAUGCCAACUAGAGACGGAUCCUGAUUUCAUCCAGGCAUCAUGACCCGCUGCGGAGGGAUUAAACUCGUGUGGCUUCUUUGUGAUGUACAACUGAAUCUCCCAGAUAUAAUUCUAGCAGAUUAAUGUUGCUGUAGGAGCAUCAUUCUUCAAAAAGUGUUUGUGAUGCUUAUGUAAAAUAAACUCAUUUUGUCAGUUGUGGCGUGAAUGAGAGAGACUCUGCUGGACAUUUGCCACAACCACCUGUCAUUUCUGCCUCAAGAACAGGAAGAUGGGUAACAGUGCCUUAAAAGCACAUUUGGAGACAGCCCAGAAAACUGGAGUAUUUCAAUUAACUGGGAAAGGACUUUCUGAGUUUCCUGAAGAUCUGCAGAAGCUUGCAAGUAAUCUUAGAACAAUAGAUUUAUCGAACAAUAAGAUUGAGACUCUACCACCACUAAUGGGAAAAUUCUCUGUGUUGAAAAGCCUCACUUUAAAUCACAACAAACUGACUACAUUACCCGAAGAGUUGUGCAAACUGAAAAAACUAGAGGCUUUGCAUCUGAAUGGCAACCUACUGACACACCUACCUGCUGCCUUUGGACAGCUUGCAGCCCUAAAGACUCUGAGCCUUUCUGGAAACAAGCUCCGAACUAUACCUGCUCAGCUCUGCAGUCUUCGUCACCUAGAUGUGGUGGAUCUUUCGAGAAAUCAGAUCCAGAGUGUGCCAGACACGGUGGGCGAGUUGCAGGCCAUUGAGUUGAACUUGAACCAGAACCAGAUUUCCCAGAUCUCCCCACAGAUUGCUCACUGUCCACGCCUCAAAGUCCUGCGUAUGGAAGAGAAUUGUUUGGAGCUAAGUGUUCUUCCUCAGAGUAUUCUCAGUGAUUCUCAGAUAUCUCUUCUUGCUGUAGAGGGUAAUCUUUUCGAGAUCAAGAAACUCCGAGAACUGGAUGGAUACGACAAGUACAUGGAAAGAUUUACCGCUACAAAGAAAAAAUUUGCCUGAUGGAUUACUAAUAUAUUUUAUCACAUGAAGGAGAAUACAACAAGAGGAGUGAUACAUGGACCCUAUGUGCUGCUAAAUUGUUGGGAGAAGGAAAUGUGAAACUUUGAGUAAGAGCAAGACAACUGUGAUCCCAGUGACUUUGAAGUGGUCUGGUAUGUUGUCAUUAAGGCUCCAAAGUAAAUCUAGGCGUUGGUGCGGCUAUUCUGGAUAUACCAGUCAGCACCUUUUCAGAUGGCAGAGCAUUUCUGCUUAUUUGAUUUUCCAGCUUCAGGGAUCAUUAUGAUUUUGAAGAAAAGUCUUGUAAAAUUUAAUUGAGCUGCAGAAUAUUUUAUUACACCUAUUGUCAGUCCCAUUUUAAGGAGACUGAAUGUAUAGAGAUGUUGGUUCAUCUGUCUGGGGAACACCAGGAAUACUCAUGUUUUUCAACAGGAUUAACUCGACGAUGCAAAGCCAUCUCUUUGCUUUAGUUGUUCCAUAGUGUAUGAGAUGUUGACAAAUUUUUAUUUAAUCAUGUAUAUUUUGAAGCACAAAUAGCUAACAUUUAAAAAUAGUUAUGCUAGCUACAUCCUGUGAACACCUUUGUCUUCCAUUUGAUGAAGUGUCCUGUAGUUCACCUGAGCAUGCUAAAUUAAUUACAUAUGACAGGAUUUUAAUAUCCAUAAUGUCCUUGGGGUUGCGAGAAGCUGUCAUCUUUGCACUGAAUAUUGUUGGCAGUAACAAGCUCAGCUGCUUAAUCAGGUUGAUCACCUUAUUGCUGCCUUAUGCAAAGCAUCCAGGAGAACCUAAAAUAUGCAACUUCACUAAAUAAUUUGUAUAUUUUUUACUAAAGAAAUCCUCCAUCCACAACAGUCUUACACUUUUGGCACUCUGCAACAAACUUAAAUACAUGUAUAAUUUAUUCAUAUCAUUCAAUAUUAAUGGUAAAAAUAAACAGAUGCACAGCUCAAAUUGUUCCUUCAAACACUGCUGUCAUAUCUAAGAUAUUCAAGAAAAUAAAAUUGCUUUGGAGAAAAGGAAAACUGCAUUGUUGUA